AUGGCAAAUCCACAGGACCAUGUUUACCAGGAGUUCUUAAACUAUUCGUGGGAAGAUUGUACUGAGUAUCAGAAAUAUUUGAAGGAACUUCAACAAUCUGAAGUUGCUGAAGCUGAGUUAAGUCAGCUAAUAGAUCAGGCAAAGUCCUUUUUUUUUUGUCAAAAAACCGGCCAUAUCUUGAACUUAGAGGAGUUUGAAGAUUGGAAGCUACAUAAUGAUGAUAAAGAGGAAAGUAAGCUGGAAAAGGAUACAAAUAGACUAGUAGAGUCAGAUACAUCAGUUUCCACGAAUAAUGUCGAGACAAAAGUUGGUGACGAUGAUGACCCUCCUUACUCGUCAAAUUAUCACAAUUUGAUAGAGCUCAUAAUGUCGGGGAAGCCAGUUCCUGGAAUCAAACCAAUACCUGAUGUCGUGUUGAAAGAUCAAGGCUCGAUCUCGCAUCAACUGCAACGGACGAAACCAUGGGAAAGAUAA